AUGCUGCGCGUCAGCUUGCUCCAGGUGUUCAUCCUUUCGCUGAUGAUCCUGGCCACUGUGUUCGCGGCGGAUCAACCACCUGCCGAUGAGCAGAGUGUCGCCCCCCGUGAGUCCCUCCAGGACGUGCUUGCCGGUAUCAAUGUGGCCUCGAUUCACGAUGCCUUGCACGCCCUCUCCACCAAGUUCCGUGACGGAAUCUUCCCGACUGACAUCAGUGCCGCCGAGGCCCUGAAAGAUGAAGAUGAGAAGAUUGCCAGUCUGCUGCGCGUUGUGAAACGUCAGGAGAAUGCCACCACGUCUGACACCGCUCCUACCACGUCGGCUGCUGCCACUACUUCAAGCAUUGCCCCGACUACAACUGGCGAGACUACCCAGAGCACCUCAUCGGACUCGGAUUCCACAACGGAUUCGACCUCGACAACUAGCUCCAGUACUAGCUCAAGCUCAGGCCCAAGCUCCACUGAAGUGACAACCACUUCAUCCACGGAGAGUUCGACGAGUGUCUCAACAACAUCGACGACUUCUGUUCCCUCAACUCUUUCGACUACCACCAGCACCUCGUCGACCCAAUCGUCCGCGGACACGACGACUUCUGCAACUAGCACUGAGAGCUCGUACACUUCAACCUACAAGAGCACCACCACCCUGCCCGACGGUAGCCUAAGCACAAUCACCUCCACCACGAUCGUGCAUGUCAAACCCACUGGCACGUCCGCCACGUCUACCACCAAAAGCUCUCCAGGCCUCCAAACUGGAGCCGCGGCAUUGACCACCGCUGGUCUCGCCCGCGAGGCCCUCGUCAUGGUCGGUGGCGCAAUCAUGGUAGCAUUUGCUCUGUGA